AUGGCAAACGAACCGGAAGCAAAGCGCGCAAGGUUUUCUGAUGAGCAGCAAGGUCCAACCAUCGAGAUCGAAGAAGGAGAAACUCCUGCUAAGAUACACUCAAUUCUGGGUGAUGAGUUCAUGCAGCCCACACCACUCGUUGAGGUGUACAUCGGAAGUGUUACCGAAAGUCGACAUCUUUCCCAGCUGGUGCCAGCACUUUCGCGGUUGCUCCCGAUCGGUGGUAGUCUACAGCAUCUGAAGCGCGUUAAUCGAGAUGGAACGAUCAUACUGGCACCGGUCGUUAAAUUAUUGGAACGGUUGCCAGCGCUACAAGGGCAGGAGGAUGAGCAGGCAGAAGCUAGUUCCGUCGAGUCGCGCCUUGCCAAGUUUCUCCGCUCGGAAGGUUUAGACACGGUCGUGGUCGAUGGUCUUUGCGAGAAGUUGAAGGUUGUUUCGGUUCCCGCGAUGCAACCGUUGCUCCGGUGGCAGUACGAAACAGCGAAUCGAUUAUGGCCGUGUAGAUUUCAUCCAAACCGCCAUCGUGAAGCUCUGUACGCGAACACACUGUUCACCGCGCAGGAAGCAUCCGUUCAUCGACGAUUCAUGGACAUCUGCGUACGGUUGUCCCAAAGCUUCGCGGAUCGUCCAUUCGGUGUGUGCGUUAAUCCACAGCUGGGAGCAAGGAUUGCGGCCGUUGCAGCGGGACACAGUGAGCAACAUCCAAUCUGGCACUGCCCGAUGGUACUGAUCGAUGCGGUUGCCGUAUCACAGAACGGUGGCAUAUGGAGUCGAAAGUCGGACGACGCGCUGCGGGACGAUGGGCUGCAUUACGGUGGAAUCGACACACGGUAUGAGCAGUUCAUUCGCGACCGAUACGGUGAAACGGUUCGCCUUGGAGCGGAACCGACGCGAACCGGAACAUCCUCACACCGUCCGUCGGAUGGGGGUGUACCGGGACCGGAGGAUAAUCUUGCCAAAUACGGCCCAUAUCUGUGUACCGGGUAUGACGUGUACCUCACACACGAACCCUGCAUAAUGUGUGCCAUGGCCCUGGUACACAGCCGCGUGCGACGUGUUUUCUACCAUCACCCAACGCCACGAGGAGCUCUCGGGACGAUGACAAAGCUGCACACGGUGAAGGAUUUAAACCACCAUUACGAGGUGUUCCGGAUUGGUUAA